CAAAAUGGCUCCCGCGCAGAGCGAAGCUUUCCAGAAGGCCGUGGUCGACUCCAAGAAGCUGACCUCGAAGCCGAGCAACGAGGAUCUGCUCGAGAUCUACGGUCUCUACAAGGUCGCCAUAGGUGAUGAUUUCUCAAGCGCCGCCGCGCCGGGCAUGUUCGACCUCAAGGGCAAGGCCAAGUACAACGCCUGGAAGAAGGUUGUCGAGGAAGGCAUCUCGGCCGAGCAGGCCCAGGAGAAGUACGUUGCCAAGAUCGAGGAGAUGAAGACCAAGUAUGGCUACGACGCGAACAAGGAGCCCGAAGCCGUCGGCGGGCAAUAGA